UUUUGCAACGAAGACGUCGCUCCAGCUUCAGCUUCAGCUCCCGGGCCAAGUGGAUAAAUCAUUUUCCUCAACCGAAACCGGUAAUAGUUUUCGCUCUUCGUUUCGCGUUUCUGUGUCUCUGUGUUUGUGUGCGGAAAAACUCGGAAAAUCCGCAGCAGAAAUGCGCUGUCUUGUGCCUCUGCUGGCCGCGCUGCUUGUGACGGCUGGAGUCCACGCGGAUGUCUCCCACCUGGACACGGAUCUGCAAGAGGAUGGCUACCACUACAAGCAGCCAUCGGUGCCCUUCCCACAGCCUGGCAGCGGCAAUGACAUCGAUGAUUCGGGCAUAGGCUCGGGUCCAGCUCCCUCGGCGCCAGGUCCCUCCUACGGACCGCCGCCACAGACGCAGCCUCCACGUCCGCAGCCACAGCCGCAGCCUACACAGCCUGCACCCUCGUAUGGGCCACCACAAACGCUGCCACCUGCACCACCACGGCCCCAGCCCACACAGCCAGCUCCGUCUUACGGUCCACCCCAGACACAGCCGCCGCCGCCGCCGCGCCCACAGCCGCCAUCCCCACAGCCUGGUCCGGAGUAUCUGCCGCCCGAUCAGCCCAAGCCACGUCCCACACCACCGCGUCCACAGCCACCACCACCACCACCAAGGCCGCAGCCGCAGCCUCAGCCUCAGCCCACUCCCGGAUAUGGACCUCCUCCAAGGCCGCAGCCUCAGCCACAACCCACUCCUGGAUACGGGCCACCACCAAGGCCACAGCCUCAACCUCAGCCACAGCCCCAGCCGCAGCCUCAGCCUCAGCCCACUCCCGGAUAUGGACCUCCCCCUAGGCCACAGCCACAGCCUCAACCACAGCCUCAGCCCCAGCCCUCUCCCGGCUACGGGCCACCACAAACGCAGCCACCACGCCCACAGCCUCCACGUCCCCAGCCCCCACGCCCACAACCGCCUCAGCCUCAGCCACAGCCCGGAGCCGAGUAUCUGCCACCACAGGGCGAGAAUGAGGUGACUCCACCGCAGCCACAGCCCACGGCGCCAGUUCCGGAUUAUAACCCACCACCCGGCCCUACCUAUCAGCCGCGCCCACCUGCACCCCCAGCACCACCUGCACCCACCUAUCAGCCACGUCCUCCAGCACCCCCUGCACCGCCAGCGCCUACUUAUCAGCCACGUCCUCCUGCACCCCCAGCACCACCCACACAGGAGUACGGCCCACCGCCCACUGGCGCUGGGCAGGAGGAGGAGGCGGGCGCACUGGGACCCGAUGGCUACAACUACAACAAGCCAGCCAAGCCGUUCACCUUCUAGGCCUCCAAAGUCUCAACUUUAAAUAUAAAUCUGUACGCGUACUCGUAAAAUUUAGCCACUGCCCCACCCAAACCCCUCCCAGCCCCAACCGAUGGCAAAACAAAUCUAAAUCCAAAUAAAAAGACACAAAUCUA